AUGCUGAUUGGCUGCCGCCCCGUCCACAAACGGCGGAGGCUGAGGGCGGUGCCGCCAUCUCGAAGUUUGUCUCCGGACGAAAGAGGGGGGGUUGGCGCCGCGUUCUUCUCGGGGUCCUGCCUUUGCUUCUUUCCCCGCUUCUGCCCCCGCACUGGGGCCGGGCCAGUGCUGGCUGUUUCGCCUCGAGCCUCGACAGAGCGCCGGAGGGGCGCUGAAGCGUCUGAGGGAGGGAGCCAUGCGGUCCCUGAAUAUCACCUCGGAGCGGUUCGCGCAGCUACUGCUGGACAACAACGUGACGUGGGAACAGUUCCUAGCUUUCUACGGGCUGCAGCCGCUGGUCUAUAUCCCGGAGCUGCCGGGGCGCACCAAGGUGUCCUUCAUUCUUAUCUGCGUGAUUAUUUUCGCCCUGGCGCUCUUCGGCAACUGCCUAGUGCUCUACGUGGUGACCCGCAGCACAGCCAUGAGGACAGUCACCAACAUCUUCAUCUGUUUCCUGGCGCUCAGCGACCUCCUCAUCGCCUUCUUCUGCGUCCCCUUCACCAUGCUGCAGAACACCUCCUCCAAGUGGCUCGGUGGUAUGAAAGUAAAGAGCUUGAUGUUGAAUUAAGAAACCCGAUAGAGAAGCAUAACACUUACCAGCUGUACGAGGACCGCAAACCUAUUGCCCAAGAGAGUCCAAGUCCUCAGAGAACUUUGUGUUCGCUUGAGAAAGAGACAAAAGUCCUUAGUGAAGCUCUCCCUGAAAUGGAAGAAGAGAACAAGCUCCUGAAGGAGAAGAAUGCCUCAGUGAUCAGAAUGAAAGAACACUAUGAGUGUGAAAUAGCUUGUCUCAAUAAGGCCCUUCUGAAUGUGUUGGAAAAGCAGCACUCACCUGUUCUUGGAACUACUUCAGAAGAAGGUGACAGGAACAGCCUUGAGGACAUGAGAACCCAACUUGAAGUUCCCAGACAGCAGAUGAAAGACUUCCUGGUACAGUCUGAGAGGCCCAGCUACCCACCUCCCCUCUACCUCUCACCACGUAUUAAUUAUGGGAAUUGUGGGUUGGUUCUGCACUAUCAAGAUCCUCAAGCACAUGGAACAUCUGGCAGGGCACAUGAGCAGCAACACCACUCACCAGACUAUCAGUGGUAUGUUCCUGACCAGUUUCCGCCAGAUGUGCAGCACAAGGCAAAUGGUGCUGUCAUCUGCUUGAAUUAGCAUUGUCAGACUGAAAUACUCGCAAAGGACAUGUUUUCUGCAGCAACCCAGGGAAGUUUGUGGGGCCCACAGUGCAGACUUUGAAAGUGGAUAAAGUUGAAACCGGAAGCUCUCCAGAGAAGAAAGACUCCACACAGGCAUUCACAUGUUGCUCUUCUGGGGGAGGCAGUGGUCGCUAUGGAGCCAGAUGCUUCCUAGAUGCCUCUGGAGGCCCCUGCU